AUGACGAAAAAAGACUGUUGUGCGUCAGGGGCACUGAGAAUGGCUUGGUCUGCGGAUGACGUUUCCUUCGGCACGCUGUUUAAAUGGAAAGUGGCAAAGACUGGUCCUCUAAGCUGCAUCCUCUGCCAAGACAGCUGUGAGCAUGCGCAAUGUGGGCGAGAUAGGCGAUGUAAAAUGAACAGAAAAAACAAACCGCGAUGUGUAUGUUCCCUAAAGUGUUCUCGAGACGAGCGUCGUGGGGCCAUCUGUGGCACUGAUAGUCGUACAUACGCAAAUAAGUGUGCAAUGAGAAAAUACCGCUGUAAGCAAAGACGCGACAUCGAAGUAGCGUAUCACGGAGAGUGCCAAACGACAUGCAACGGCGUUGUGUGUCCCGGAAACUUAAGUUGUAUCGUUGACCAGCAUAACCGACCCCACUGCGUGUCGUGUCAAACGGAAUGCCCAUCGCCUGCUCCGUAUGACAUGUUAUGCGGUCUCGAUGGUGUCACGUACGAGAGCUCCUGUCAAUUAAUGGCGGCCACGUGUUUAUUGGGAAGUAGCAUAGGUGUUGCAUAUAGUGGGCGAUGUAGAGGCCCCCAAUCUUGUGACAAGUUUAGUUGCAUACAGGGUAAGAAAUGUCUUGUCACGGCGGAUUCGGGGAUACCGCAGUGUGUUACAUGUAACCAGACAGACUGCAACAAAGAGACAGACCCAGACGGAGUGGUUGAUAAUCGAAUUUGCGGAUCUGAUAAUCAAACCUAUCAAAGUUGCUGCGAAAUGAGAAAAUCAUCUUGCAAUAAGGGCAUUUCUAUAGAGAUCAAGCAUUUUGGACAAUGUGAAAACACUACGCUUACUCCAACGCAAGUUUCGCCCAAACUGAUGACAACUUACCAUGCCCGAGUCGAGAAUAGUACGCUAGUCGACUGGACAAGAGAAGAAGCACCUCUGGAAAGCGAAAGUACCGUUUUAGGGAAUGCUUUAUCGAGCGAAGACAUUUGGGAAGAGAGUCACCAUUCAGUCAACUACUCUGACGACUAUGUGACGUCAGACGACAGUGACUCUGUGCAUGAGGGCGCUAUAGAAUAUAUUGACACAAUAGAUGGCUUUCCUGAUGGUAGGCCAAUCAUGACGCUUGAUGACCUUGAACAGUUCAUUCGGAAUUCAUCUUUUCGUAUGCAAUAG